AUGCCAAAGGGCGGCAAGACCGCUGACUUCAAGAAGCGCAAGCAGAAGCUGGGCAAGAAGAAGCUUGCGCCGACCUCGACUACGGCCACACAGUUCAAGACGCGAUCAGUCGUGCUGCUCGAGCAGGCUCAGUUUGCCGACGGUCGCGACACGCAGCCGACGACGUCACGCGGUUCGCACACGCUGCCAGAGCUGCUCGCGCAGCUGCGGCACUACUCGCCCGACGUCCGGCGCGACGCGCUGCUCGGCCUCAACGACCUGCUUCACGACCACCCGUCGCUCCUCCACACACACGCGGCGGAGGUGCUCUCCGGCGCCGCGCCGCUCGUGUCUGACACGGCGGCGCGCGUGCGGCGCGCGCUGCUCACCCUGCUCGGCGCCGUCCUCCCGCGGCUCGAGCAGUCGGCCGCCUUGGCUCCGCACGAGCCGCUGUUGCGGCUGAACCUGCAGGCCGCGCUGUCACGCGAGGAGCCGGCGGUGCGCGCCGACGCCGUCGAUGCCGUCGCGCUGCUGCUCGCGGGGCGGCCCGCCGCUCUGCUGAUUGAGUCGCGGAUUAUCUAUAAUGAGGAUUUUUUGGUAAAAGAAAAUACUAUAUCAAUUGUAGUCGACGCCAUAAAAACUCUUUUCAACAAUGUCGAUUUCGACGGCACGCCAAGCGAAGUCCGUGGAGUCGUCGGUAGAGUCGGCGGCGGUGGCGGCACCAGCAGAGGAGGAGGAGGAGGUGCGGGCAGUGUCGACGAGGGCCGCAAGCUGCCUCCCGCGAGGCUGGCGGCGGUGGUGCGGCCCAUCGAGGCGCUGCCGGCGCUGGAGCCAUUCUUUUGCGCGCGAGGCCGGCACGGCGGCGCCCCCAUCUUUGGGCCAUUCCUGGCGCUGCCGCGCGCGCAGCGGCAGGCGGCGCUGCACCUUGUGCUCGGCUUGCGGCCGAUCUCCCGCGGCUUGCUCUGCGCGCUCGCGCGCUGCGCCCUCGCUGACGCGCGGCCGCCCCGCUCGGGCGACGUGGCGGUCGAGCUCGUGCGCGCCGUCGAGGCGGGAGGCUGGAGCGGCGCGGUCGACGCGCAGGCGCAGGCGUCUUUCUAUGCCACGCUGCUGGCCGAGGCGGGCGGCGCGGGCGCGCAGCCUCCCGGUGCAGAAGCCGUGCGCAACGCUGCGCUGGGCGCGUUGCGGCGGGCGGAGGUGGAUCAGGGUGCCGCGUUCGUCUUGCCAGCGGCCAGGUGA